AUGGCCGCUAUAGUUUCUAUGCCUCCCGCUCUUCCCAGAUUUGAUAAGGUUCUGGAGAUCCAGGACUUUAGCAAAAGCUGUGCUCUAUACAACGAGCUCCUCGAUGAUGUAGAUCAGCCUACCGUUGCUGAUGAGCACAUUGAGAAUCUAGCGGAAAUGUUCGUCACAAGGCUGACAAGUUUCUUGGUAUAA